AUGUCGGAUUCCGAAGCCGAAACAAAGCCGGACGUCUUCCGUUGUGGGGAUUGUAUAAACUGCUUCAGAAGCAGUAACUGCGAGAAAUGUGCCAAUUGCGAGAAGAAGAUCGAACCAUGUUUGAGAAGGAUUUGUGUUCAAGCCCCAGAUGAUAAACCAGUAGUUAAUGCUGGGCGAGGUAAGUCAAUGUUUUGAGGUUAUUUGUUUGAAUUUUAGUGAAAUCUCCAAAGAAGAAGGACCGAACACCCAAAACCAAGAAGGGUUUGAACAAAAAGGGAAAGGUAGGUUUAAUCUGAAGAUAGACAGUUUUGACAAUAGUGUAGUGUUAUCUACAUUAACAUUGAAGUUUUGAAGGGUUGGCUUUGGGGCUCUUUUUUGGUAAAUUAGAAAGUCAAAGAAGAGACUAUAGUGCUGCUUUUGACAAUUAUGUGAGCUUUUUUACUUAUUCACUUAGGAGUUAUGGAGGUAUUAGAAUAUUCAACUGUCUAAACCUACUUUGAUCUGAAAAUUUGAUCAUAAGUUUAAAGUUAAUGAUCAAACUGGCUUGAAACUUUGUCAGAUCAUAGAUAUUAAGGCCGUUGUUAAAUGAUUAGUUUACUUUUGAUUUAUUUCUGUUUUAUAAUGCUUUCUUUUCAUCCGCAUAUUGUUUUAGAUAACAAAAACCAAGAAAUCAGUCUCUAAAUCUCCAGUUAAAAAGCUAAAACGUGAGAAGGUGGCUUCAGUGUCGUCAACUUUUGAAGUACAAACACCAGAGUGUAGUUUCGGAAUAAAGUUAGAGCCAAUGGCAUCUCCAUUGAGUUCUCCAGUAAAGAGCAUUGAUUUGAGCAAAACUGAAGUGAAAACAGAGCCAAAUGAAAAUAUUGAUGUUAAACCAGCAAUAAAAGAGGAAGUAGCAAUUCAAAGUGAUAAUUCAAAUCAACAAGGUCAAGUGAAACAGAGGAAACCUCAUAAACCACAUAAACCUCACGUUUGGAAGACCAAGGAGCAGAGAAUGGCCCUGAAGUUGUUGAAAGUAAGUGCUUUUGACUGUUUUCUUGGUUUUCAGGUAUUGAUAUGGACUAAGGAAGGUGUUGGGUACGUGGUUUAAGGUAGUGGUUUUGUUUCUUUAAGAAACGCUUGUAAAACGAUGUUGUAGUAGGGAAAAGAGGCAAAACCUUUAAAAAUUGGCUAAAACAACAUCUUUUUCAGGAGAAACAAGAAGAAUUAGAGAUGAGACAAUGCCUAGGACCAGGCUGUGUUAAGUACGCCAUGGUGAACUCGAAAUAUUGUUCGGAAGAGUGUGGUAUGGCUUUGGCCAAGAUACGACUAUGUCGAGUGUUACCACAAAGAGUGGCCGACUUCUACGGAGAGAAGCCUAUUUCGGAAAUGGAAGCUGAUUUGAAGAUUCAACAAUUGACUAAAAAGAAGGCUGAAAUUGAGAAUGGGCUGUCGUUGGCCGAUUCUUAUACUAAAAAUUUGGAUUUAUAUUUGUCGGUAAAUAUAAUAUUGAUGAUUUUUAGUGGUUUUUGUGUCGGAAAUGAGGGUUUUGGCUGGGUCUAUAAGUUUAGAUAUUGGUUGAGUUUGUUUUUUAUAGUUUUAGCUAUGACUUGACACUUUUUUGUAAUUUUAAGACGUUUUAAUAUUAUUUUAGGUACUGUCUCAAGGAUCAACAGUGGUGGCUUCAUCAAAUACGGAAGAAAAGGAGGAAGAUGAGGUUACUUUUGUAAGUAGUGACAAAAACUAUGUAUGUUACUUUAUUUUGUUGCUUGUGUUGUUACUGUGGCUUUUAUUUACUGUAUUGUGCUUUUUAUCUACUAUAUUAUGAUUUUAUCUACUGUAAUAUGCUUUUUGCUAACUUUUUGCUUUUUGAAGUUUAAAAUGACAUUUUUUAUGUUAUGAUGAAGGUUUUUAACUUAUUUUUGAAAAAUUUUUUGGAAAUUUAAAAAAAUGAUUUUUUAUUGACAAAAAAUUAUUUUAGGUUACAAAAAUAUAGUUUUAUAAUUUUACAUUAAUAUCCUAAAUUUGGUGAUUUUAAACCUUAAUACUCCCACUAAUUCAUAAAUCUCAGCUUUUGCCAUUUCCAGCCUCACUGUUGCUUCAUUUGUGGAGCCGAAGUCUCAAUCAAAUCAUUGCCAAAACAUAUUCAAAAGUGUUUCGUUAAAAUGGAGAAACAAACCACAUUCGGGACCAAAACUCGCUUCUCAUACAAUCCGAAUAAUAUAUUGUGUGAGACGUUCGACAAAGCGACCGAAACUUUCUGUAAAAGGCUCCGAAUCAUGUGCUCGGAUCACUACAAGGACGAUAUUGGGUCUAGCAUGAAGGUAAGGAAGUUGUUAGUUUGUUCAAGAUUAAUUGUGUAGAUUUUGUUGAGUAUAUGUAACUGGUUUUGUCAGGAAAACGGUUUUAUACAGGAUUUUUGGACAAAAUGAUGAAAAAUUUAAUUGUUUGUGUUAGUAAAGUCAUUUUUCUGAAUAUUUUUGCAAAAGAAAAUGGAUUUUUUGCGUUUAUUUGGAUUAGUUUGGGAAUAUCGUUUAUUUUAAAGACUAUUAUUUACUUAUUUAUGUACUUCUUAUUGGAACUUUGUCGGUUUUAGCUGAUCAAAAGAUCAUUUUGUGUCUAAAAGUAGGAUAAUGAAGCGUAUUUUGAAUAAAAAAUAAAAAGAAUAUAUCGAAAUAUGAAUUUACAAUGGAUUUUUGAACAAGUUUUAAAAUAAAAAUGCUUUUUCAGGUGUGUGGCUACCCCAUCAUCUGGAGCCAGACCAAGUCCAUGGAGAUGAAGGAUAUGUUUGGCAAUUUGGAAGCGAUCCUAUCCGAAGGAAUGUGCUUUACCGAGCGAAAACAAUGCGAGAAACACUAUCUGUGGGAACAAACGGCCUAUGCCAUCAUUGAGAACGACCGAAUGAGUCUUCUUCUUCAACUCGACGAAAUCACAGAACAUUACCGUCGACUGGCCGAAGUCUAUCGUACUCGAGGCGACGCCGCCACGUUGCUUUUGAAUUGGCGAGAACCCGGCCACGGAAGACAAGUCGACGAAGACCUGAAGCAACAAAUGGACAAUCAGGUGGAGCGUAUGAUCCGCGAGUACCAACGUGCCAACGACGUGAAGAACGGCGCGGUCCCAAAGCCACACGAUCCUACAAAACCACGUCGCGGACGACCCCCAGGCCAGCGACGAACUCAGCCCAACGUCAGAGUACCACUCUCACCUCAACGACCCUUCAACGUCCAGGUACCUCAAGUUCGAUCCUCUUACCCCGACUCCAACCUCCAGCCGUCAACGUCGGCCCACCAGAUGAGUAUGAACCCAUCCUCAAGUCGCCAAAUCCCUCAACCUUCACGCUUCGUCGUCCGCCAACCAACCCAGUCUGAACCAAGAAGCUUCGACAAAACCUACAGUAGACCACCUCUUCGUUACGGUACUGUAACACGAACUGUAACAUCGCUACCACAAAGAGAUGUGCGACGGACAGUGAACAACUUUACUCGAACUUAUGAGAUCCGAAGAGACCGGUCGACUAGUCCAAAGGAACUGAGCCAGUCUCAGGUUACUGUAUUGGAAAUCAACCCCAAAAAGUUGGAGAGGAAGCUGGUGAUACAACCGAAGAUACUGUACGAUCAGGAACAGCAGGAACGGUCCAUGAACGAAGACGGACUGAACGGAGACGGCGUGAGAAGUUACAGUACCCACGAGGUCCGAAGUUACAGUAACGAUGGUGUGAGGACCUACAGUAAUGAAGUACCCCAACGCUACAGUAAUGAAGCAGUGAGGACCUACAGUAAUGAAGGUAAUGAAACUGUAAGGACAUACAGUAAUGAAGCCGUGCGAACCUACAGUAAUGACGUUCCUCAACGUUACAGUAACGAAAACGUCCGGAGUUACAGUAAUGACGGCGUGAGAACGUACAGUAGCGAAGGCACAGAACGGUACAUCACGGAAGAGGUCAGAAGUUACAGUAAUGACGGUGUGCUUCCCUACAGUAAUGAAGGCGACGAAGUUGUGAGGUCUUACAGUAACGAAGACAAUGAUACUGUAACUACGUUCAAUAAUGAAGGGGACGAAGCCGUGAUUACGUACAGUAACGAAGUCGUGAUGACUUACAGUAGUGAAGGUAAUGAUGCCAUGAUAACCUACAGUAAUGAAGCGAGUGAAGAAGCCCAAGCUUGUCCUGAUUAUGACAUUGAAAGCGAAAGCAUAGUGUGA